UAAUUUAGGGGAAUUCUUUUUCUUGGUUGGCGAAAAGAAGUAGCAAGAUAUUGAUUGAAAUUAAAAGGUUUAUUUUUAUGAUUGAGAUGGUCCGGUUUUUUCGCGAUAUUUUUGCAUCGCGGCGGUGAUUGAAAUUGGUGUACGGUGGGUUUUCGAACGCCGGCCAACCGCGCACGUGUAGGAUGUCCAUCGCCGACGAGCAACAGUUCUGUUUAAGAUGGAACAACUUCCAGGCUAAUAUCACGUCGCAAUUUGAGGCGCUCCGCGACGACGAGGACUUUACGGACGUGACGAUCGCGUGCGACGGGCAACGUUUACAAGCGCACAAGGUCGUCCUUUCUGCCUGUAGCCCCUUUUUUAAAGAAUUGUUUAAGACUAAUCCAUGUCCACAUCCAAUAAUAUUCAUGCGGGAUGUAGAGGCCCGUCACAUAGUAGCUUUAAUGGAAUUUAUGUAUGCCGGCGAAGUGAACGUUGCUCAAGCUCAGUUAUCUGCAUUUUUAAAAACAGCGGAAUCACUUAAAAUUCGUGGUCUUACUGACACAUCCUCGUCGGAACCUUACAAAGAAAGGGACGACGACACUGUGUACUUAAACCCAAAACCAUCGUCUUCAAAACAUGGCCCAAGUUUUCCGUUAAAACACUCAAGAAUAGCUCACAAGUCGCACAUUUCGUCGUCAUCUUCAAGCACAGUUACUUCUAGUCAAGAUGUGCCAGCUAAUAAUAAUAAUAAUAUUAAUAAAAUCGGUUCACCUCCGCCCAGUAAAAGGCAGUGUAAAAAUGAAAGGAUUGAGAGUGAUUUGCAACGGCUAAAGGAAUUGAGUACUUUUAAUGAGGAGGCGAUUAGCGUUAAUCCAUUUUCUUUACAAGAGGAUGUUGAAAGAAAUGGAGUGGUUGGUGAUGGUAUAGAGACAAAAAGUCCUGGUGUCAUUCCUAAAGUGGAACUACCAGAUUACAUUAGUGAUGAGGAAAAAGAUGAAAAUUCAGAUUUUUAUCAACACUCGCCUAAUGCAGCUGAUUUAACAGGUGGCAUGGAAAUCAUACCACAAGCUAAUGCUCAUUCAUCAAAGGAUAAUUCAGUAGAUGUAAAUACAGGCACGGACUCGAGAAAGCUCCACUCGCUGGACCCGCGGCCCUGCGAAGAAUGCGGCAGAGUGUACAGCAACUUGUCGAAUUUGCGGCAACACAUGAAACUGAUUCAUUAUCCUACAUACGUGCAGUGUCCCAUCUGCCAGAAAGACUUCAAGACUGACCUGUACCUACGCCGUCACAUGCUCGGCUCCCACGAAAUUGGCGGCAAAUUACCUAACGGGGGGGACAAAUUUAAACAAAAAAAAGCCAUAAUUCACGCGAAAACCGUUACAAGUCAACUCGGUUAUCAGAGUAGUACUAUUCCUAAGACGUAAAUAAACAAUUAAAAACGCAAACUUUUGUUAUCUUUUAAUUAAAAGGGUUUUUGUUGUGAUUUUAUUCCACUUGAAAAUGAAAAAAUUGUUUUUAUUAAGAAUUGAUGAAUUUUAAAUCAUGUGGUUUUCAAUCAUAAAUAAACACGCUUUAUAUUUGCGAUUUGUAUAGCGGAAACCUAUAUAAAAUUAGACAAAUUGUGCAAUUUUUUCUUAUAUAAGAACUAUUAAACGCCAUAAUUACAAAA